GAUUGUGCGAACGUUGACCCUUGAAGAAGUUCAAAGGAGUUGCUCGUGUUCCUUGCCGGAUGCUCCACUUUUCCACGUUUGGAAAAGUAAAUUUUUUUUGUAGGAACAUCCAACUCAACGCUAUGUUCAACCACUUCCAAGUCCUAUCACCCCUACCUAGAUCUCUAUCUCUCUCUUUUUGAGAGAGAGAGAGGGGAGUCAACGAGGAGGAUUUGCCUUACUAGCCGAACAUGUGUUCAAAUGCAAUCGAGCUAUAGUUGGAAAAUUGCUUUUGUACUACACACAUUCGGUCUUGUAUGUACUACUUCUUUGCAGUACAUGCAAGGGCCUGCUCCUGGUAAGCCGGUGAUGGCUUUUAAUGGUUAUCGAAAAGAUAUAAAUAUAAGUACAGGAUCUUUCUGCAAAUGGGUGUCAUUUAACCUUGCCCUGACUUGAUUUCUGGCCUGAAUUCGAGAGACCCACUUGGGGAUUUGUGCGGGUUUUCACGGUUUUCGAUGUGGUGCUUUUUAACACUUCUUUGCUUGAAUUUGAAGACCCAAUUGGGUCUUGUGGGCACGGUUUUGUUAUUUGUAAGGCUACUCUGAGUCAACGCUCAGGCACACGAAUACCCCAUCUGGUGGUUUGUAGUUUUUCGUUUCGUGUGGAGGUUUUCAAAGUGUAUAGAUCGACGAAGGUGACAAAAACUCAUCAUUUGUCUCUAUUUUAGUUCUGCAGAAAAUUCUUGUUUUAAUAUAUCGAAGUAGAUUUCAAAGAAAGAGUUUUGAGGCCUUAUAAUCUCUCCAAAGUUCUGGCCUUUUUGUACUUGAGCAACGAAGAAGAACUCUUGAGGUGGAAGAUUUUGAUCUUCAAAUGGGAAACACGAACAGAGAAGAAUUAAAUGAGAUUGAGAAAUCUGAGAGAGUUGACAUCGAAGAGAUUCGAGAAGCGCCAGAUGACGAGAAGAGAAUUGCACCAUGGCAGAGACAGAUAACAAUUCGGGGACUUAUAGCUAGCUUAGCUAUUGGGAUCAUUUAUAGUGUGAUAGUGAUGAAGCUGAAUCUCACAACCGGGCUAGUCCCCAACCUCAAUGUCUCAGCUGCUCUCCUCGCCUUUGUAUUCAUCAGGACAUGGACUACUCUGCUUGAGAAGGCCGGAAUUGUAUCAAUGCCAUUCACUCGACAGGAGAAUACUAUAAUUCAGACCUGUGCAGUUGCAUGUUAUAGCAUUGCUGUUGGAGGUGGUUUUGGGUCUUAUCUGUUGGGUUUGAAUAGGAAGACAUAUGAGCAAGCAGGGAUUGAUACAGAGGGAAAUACUCCUGGGAGCACCAAGGAGCCUGGGAUUGGUUGGAUGACUGGUUUCCUCUUUGUAAGCAGUUUUGUUGGGCUGUUGGCAUUGGUUCCUCUUAGAAAGAUCAUGAUAAUAGACUACAAAUUAACUUAUCCAAGUGGAACGGCUACUGCUAUUCUUAUUAACGGAUUCCAUACACCUAAAGGAGACAAGAUGGCCACGAAGCAGGUUCAUGGGUUCAUGAAAUUCUUUUCAAUGAGUUUCGUUUGGGCUUUCUUUCAGUGGUUCUAUUCGGGUGGAGAGCAAUGCGGAUUUGCUCAGUUUCCUACAUUUGGAUUGAAAGCUUGGAAAAAUUCAUUUUACUUUGAUUUCAGUAUGACUUAUAUUGGAGCUGGAAUGAUCUGUUCCCAUCUUGUGAACUUGUCUCUGCUUCUUGGUGCUGUGCUCUCUUGGGGAAUAAUGUGGCCACAGAUAAGGGGACUCAAGGGGGAGUGGUUCCCUGAAACUUUAUCAGAAAGUAGUAUGAAGAGUCUUAAUGGUUACAAGGUUUUUGUUUCCAUAUCACUGAUCCUUGGAGAUGGGCUCUACAAUUUUCUCAAGAUACUGUAUUUCACCGCUACAAACAUCCAUGCCAGAUCGAAGAGGAACCUUAAAACGUCUGCGGAUAACCAGAAUCAUCCUCUUGAUGAUCUGCGACGAAAUGAGGCAUUCCUAAGAGAGGGCAUUCCUAUAUGGGUGGCAUGUACAGGAUAUGUAGGCUUCUCCAUUGUAUCCAUCAUUGUAAUACCGCUCAUGUUCCCUGAGUUGAAGUGGUAUUACGUAGUUUUUGCGUAUGUUCUUGCACCCUCUCUUAGCUUCUGCAAUGCUUAUGGUGCGGGUUUAACGGACAUGAAUAUGGCCUAUAACUAUGGGAAAGUGGCUCUUUUUGUGCUUGCUGCGUUGAGUGGAAAAGAUAAUGGUGUAGUUGCAGGACUUGUUGGUUGUGGUCUGAUUAAAUCCAUAGUUUCCAUCUCUUCCGAUUUGAUGCACGAUUUCAAGACGGGCCAUCUCACUUUCACUUCGCCUCGAUCAAUGCUUGUAAGCCAGGCUAUUGGGACAGCUAUAGGCUGCGUGGUAGCUCCUCUCACAUUCUUUCUUUUCUACAAAGCUUUUGAUGUCGGGAACCCGGAUGGCGAGUACAAAGCCCCUUAUGCCAUCAUUUACCGGAACAUGGCAAUUCUAGGUGUUGAAGGCUUCUCUGCGCUGCCCCACCAUUGCUUGCAACUCUGUUAUGGGUUUUUUGCCUUUGCCAUAGCAGCCAACUUGCUGAGAGAUCUUCUCCCUAAGAAUAUGGGGAAAUGGAUUCCACUUCCAAUGGCUAUGGCUGUGCCUUUCCUUGUUGGUGCUUACUUUGCAAUUGAUAUGUGUGUGGGGAGUUUGAUUGUGUUUGCAUGGCACAAGAUAGAUGCCAAUAACGCCAGUUUGAUGCUUCCUGCAGUUGCUUCUGGUUUGAUAUGUGGGGAUGGAUUAUGGAUUCUCCCUUCCUCAAUCCUUGCUUUGGCAAAGGUACGCCCUCCCAUCUGCAUGAGCUUCUUUCCCUCCAAGAAGAAUUUCUGAGAGAGAGGAUAAACGGUAGGCAAUCUCAAAUCUUAUUGCAGGCAUAAUUUGAUGCAAGUCUUAGACUAGCAUAGGACUCAUAGAGAAGCUUCCUCUUUCACUCUAUAUGUAACAAUGCAGCAUCUUCCAUAAUUGUACCAGAGCUGCAAUAGGAUUAUUAUAUAUGUACAUGAGCUUGAGUGCUGGGGAGCAUUAAUGGUCAGUGAUCAUAAUGUAAACAAAUAAGUUGUAUUCUAUAUGAAAUAACUCCCAAUUUAAGCUCCUCACUUUUGUGUUUGACCUAAAUGAG